AUGAACUCUGCGGGCGCCUUCAGCCUGGACCAGGAAAGUUGGACGUGUUUGCACCUUGAGAGCGAUUUGGACUCAUAUAUUUCUCCUAAACAGCUGAUGGAAUUGGCUGGUCUGGCCUGUGCACAGACCCUUGCUACAGUGUACGAUAAAGACAAGUAUUCGCGUGUGCUCGUUUGCUGUGGUCCGGGAAAUCAAGGAGGUGAUGGACUCGUUGCUGCCAGACAUUUAAGUAUGUUUGGUUACAAGCCAACGUUGUGGAUGCCUAAGCCUGGAUCAAAAGAUAUCUACAAACGGCUUCACACGCAAUGCACGAAUAUGGACAUUUCCACUCUCCAAACCUCGUCCGAUCCCUCAGUCGUAGACAGUACUCUGCGCAGGGCGCUCUCUGACCAUGACAUCAUACUCGAUGCAAUCUUUGGAUUUUCCUUCAAACCGCCCGUUCGAGCUCCAUUCGAUACUGCGUUACCCCUGCUUUCGUCUUCCGGGCUGCCCAUCGUCUCCGUAGAUAUCCCUUCUGGCUGGGACGUCGAGAAAGGAAACGCAGAGGGUGUUGGUCUCAAUCCGAAUGUAUUGAUCAGUCUUACAGCGCCGAAAGAAGGAGUCACAGGAUUCAAGGGGCGGCAUUUCCUGGGCGGCAGAUUCGUACCGAAGUCGAUGGCAGAAAAGUACAAGCUGAAUUUGCCACAGUAUCCAGGGUUCGCACAGAUAGCAGAAUUGCCACAAACGCCUGAAGGGCCCGGGCGGUUGUAG